AUGGCCCCAAAACAGCGUUCCCAAACUCCUCGACAACCUGGCGUCGCCAACUCCUCCGAGUCAAUCCUUCACCACCCGCAGGCUACGACUACACUCUUUUCAGAAGACGAACCAGCCCACGACCGCCGCCGCCGCCGGCAGAGAGAUAGCCCGCGUCCCGCAUCUUACACUCAGUCGCCUUCUCAGGACACAAUUGCCUUGAGCCGAUCACCUAUAGUAUCCGACUCGCCUGCCUCACCGCUCGAAGGAUCUGCUCAAGGUUUUACUUCACGCCGUGAAAGCUCUUCCACCAUGAGGACAUCAUCCAUCUCUCUCGACAUGGUGCCCACCUGUACACCGACUGGCCGCAUCAGCAAGGCAAAGAAGGGCAAACGUGUCCACGCUUGUGAGUUUCCUGGUUGUGGAAAGGUCUUUACUCGGGCAGAGCAUAGAAGGAGGCAUGAAUUGAAUCACAACCCUGAAGCUCUCUUUCCCUGCACUCGACCUGGAUGUCGAAAGGCAUUCCACCGUAUGGAUCUUCUCCAACGCCAUCAGGAGAGACAUGAUUUGGAAACCGCAGCUGAAGCCACCGUCGCUGGACACAUGAACCAGAUGGCACAGGUUGCAGUCACUUCAGAGCCUUCGUCUGUGAUGCCUGCUCCUGUCAUGACGAGCCCCCAGGCCGAUCGAAGCGCUCCCAGAUCCUCGUCUGGAGGACUCUCGAUUGGAUCUCUCGUUCAUCCUCAGCAGGACUAUCGAUAUGGCAUGGGAACACCAGCCUUCAACGGCUUUCCACGACAGCCAAUGCACUAUGUUCCUGGUUACAACUCGGCCGACGACUCCAUCUUCUAUACCCCUGAAAGCAGCCAGUCUCCUGUUUCUGAAUACUAUGGCCGCUUCCCCCACCGCCAGAGUAUCUCUUCCUCUUCCUCGGUAGCUGCUUUCGAUCCCAGCGCGGCGUCACCCUUGAUCAGUGGAACAAUGCCCGGUCCCUGGGUGCCUUCGUCCGGACCGCCUAGCAUUCUUCCCUCGACCAUGCUUGAUGACGGGACUUAUCUAUCUUCCCCUGCAGACUCUACCAUACCAAUACCCCUCUCCGACCUGGAUGGAAUCGAAUGGUCUGUCAUACGACGAGAACUAUCAAAUGCCUCUGGACUUCAGUCAGGAGAUGCCUCAACCAGUAUAUCCGACACUAUAAGGUGGGAUUGCCUGGAACUUUACUGGCAGUACUUCCACCCGUCCUACCCCCUCAUCCAUAGACCUAGCUUUCUGCCCACAAAACCGAGCCCCCUCCUGGCCAGUGCGAUGCUGGCCAUAGGAUCCCAAUACGACACCCGACCAGACGCGAAACUGUACUCCCUGACCUUGCUGGAGAUUGCCACGAAACUUUUGAGGAGACGAGACAACAUCACGAGCCGGUCGAGACUGGCAGACCUGCAAACCGUCUUCCUCCUGGAGAUUUUGAGCAAAUACUGUGCGAGACGGGUGGAGGUGGAGAUGUCUGCUCGAUUUCGAUCUCUGUUUGCGAGCCUCGACCAGGCAAGACGGACCCUGGCCACAGAUCCUUUGGCAGUUUUCCGGACUCUCCCCAAGGAGCGGACACCGGACGACAUCCAAAGAGCCCACAAGUUCUGGCUCGAGCACGAGACCCGGCGACGAAUUCUGCAGGCAUGUACCGUCCUGGAUCUCCAGCAAGUGACCCUGUUCGAACAGCCGGCCACGAUUGUCCACCACGAGCGCCCGAGGAGGGACAGCCCCAACGGACUUCGAGUAAACGUGUCUCUGCCCUGCUCAGAGAGGCUUUGGGAGACCAGCCCGAUCGACGACUGGAUAGCAAUGGCCUCCGGCUCCGACGCACCAUCCUCGUCCAGCAAAGCCAGGGGCUCCCGUCCGGAUCAAGGCUCCGCUUCGUCUCUGGACUAUUUUCAGAUCCAAGUAAGCUUAGCCGCCAACCCGAAUCUUCCGCUCGAUCAGCUCCUGCCCCGGAAGGACCAGACGGGGGAAUGCGCAUCUCGACUCAUCUUCAACCGCCACGCUCGCGACAUGGCCAAGAAUACACCCGUCCGGCAGCUCCUGGUGGUCAGCGGCGAAUCCUGGAUCAUCGGGAAGAAGCUAGAGAACGAGGCCGAGUUCCAGGACGCCAAACGCAACCUGAGGGUCUGGGUCGACUCGAACCGCGAGAGCCGGGCGGCCGUCUGGCACGCGACGCAGCUGAUCCGCAGCCGGGCCAAAUUCUCGACUUCUGACGCCACAAACACCGACCUCUCUUUCACGUUCCACGACACCCACAUGCUCCACGAGCCGUGGACGUUCUACCUAGCCGCCCUUGUCUGUUGGGCCUAUGGCCUGUCUGCGUCAACCACGGGGGACAACUCCGGGCAAGGCUCCGGGGCUGCUUCCACCGGCAGCGAGCCGACUUCCAAUCCUUCACGAAGCUCCAGUCUGUCUUCGGCACACCCAGCUCUCCUUGAUUCGCACGAAGCGGCAUACAGUAUGCGAGAAUACCUACAGAACACCAACGUCAAAACAGUCGACGAUUUGUUACUCUUGGACCCACAGGUGUUUGGACGCAUGCACGGUCUCCUUGAGAUCGUUCGACUCAACAAGGUCUCCCUGUUCCUGGGGGGGCUCAUGAAUGAAGCCGAACGGGUCUUGUAUCGACUCGUCGAGGGACGCAGUCGAUUGUCACACUUUUAG